ACUUAUUUUUGUUGUGAUUUAGAAAUGUCACUUUAGAACAAAAAGGUUAUGUACGUUGUUUAUAUCUUUUUAUAUAUUAAAUCUAAUCAAAUUUUUGAAUAUUCUUUUAAAUAAGUAAAUACUUAAGUUGUUUUUGCUAUAACAUGGAUCGAUAUGUACUGGAAACUUAUUUGUAUACCUCAGAUUGUGGAGAAGAUGGAUAUCUGUUCAACAGCAGCAGUAGCAGUAGUGACAGUGAAGAUGACGAGGUUGAAUGUACAUGUGAUGCAGAAACCGAACCUCCACCUGAUAAGAAGCAGAAAUUGACUGAAUCUGGCGAAACAGAGGCAGCGGUAGAAUUAAAGCCUAAAAAUAAGACAAUGCUGUAUGGCUUACUUGAAGUUGAUGUGAAAACAGAACCAGAACCUAAGAAGAAGCAAAAGGCAUAUGAAUUUGUUGAACUAGAUGUACCAACGCCAACGGAUAGGAAGCAGGAUGGAUUUGUUGAAAUAGAGGUGCCUAUUUUAAAUGAGUAUGAUUUUAAGAAUAGUUUCAGGGUGAAUAAGACAACAUAUGCCAAGGUGCUAGAAAUGCUUUAUCCCAGCUUUAGUGCGGACCACAAGGGUGGAAGGGAGAGGAUAACUGCAGAAAAGGCAACAUAUAUAUUUCUCUGGUAUUUAGGCAACAAAGAAACAUUUAAGCAAAUGGCAGACAGAUUUAAGAAUACUACGAGUACUCUACAUGGAAUCGUUAAGACAGCCACCAGUGCCUUAUCUCAAAAACUAAGUGCACAAAUAAUAUGGCCAUCCGAUGCUGAAUAUUCGAAUAUUUCAAAAUUGUUUCAACAAGUUGGCAAUUUGAAAGGUUGCUUAGGAGUAUUGGGAGUCUCAUACAUCAGAAUUAAAUCAAAUAUAAAAAAUAAUGAAAUUUAUGAGAACGAACACUACUAUCAAAGCGUAAUAUUACAAGGUGUAGUAACUGUAAAUGGUAAAUUCUUAGAUAUAUUCAUUGGAGGAGGUUCCAACAAACCAGAACAACUUUUACAAAAAUCCCAGCUGUUUAUUGAAGCCGAAAAUAAUUUACUGGGUGAUUACUAUCUUUUAAGUUCCAAAGACUAUUCAAACCGAAAAUGGCUAGUUAAACCAUACAAAGACAACGGUCACCUUACGGUGGAACAAACAAUCUUCAACACAUGUCACCAGACCAUCGUGAACACAUUUACCGAAUCUAUAGGCUUUCUCAAAGGAAGGUUCCAGAGGCUUCAAAACGUGGAGAACCGAGCCAUGGGAAUGGCGGUACAAUGUGUUGAAUCAGCGUGUAUGAUUCAUAACUUAGCAAUCGACUGUGAAGAUGAGCACGAAGAUUUUUGUUUUCUUGAUUUUCCAGAUGUGGAAGCUAGAGAGGAUGUUUUACCGCAAGAUGAUAUUAACGGCGAGAGAAGAGAUAAAGCGCUUGAAGAUCUAAUAAACAACAGUUCUGAAUAUAAAGUGAGGUAAAAUCAUUGAUGUAUUUUUUUAAUUGAUAACAAAGAAUAAAAUAAUAAAAAUCAAAACUUCA